UGUACUCCGUACUCUUAAAGAAGGGAUAUCAGUGCGAGGGCGAGGGUUUAAGGAGAUUGAGUGGUUUUAGUCGGCAUUUUGAGGAGAAACGAAUCAACGAACAAGUAGACAAGCUACCAUGUCGAGAAAGAGAUCUGUGCUUCGUGCAGUCAAAUCUGUUGCAACUACUCUUUCCAAAGUACACUCCUCCUCCCACCUUCAAUUGAGCUCUUCCAAUGGCUUCGUGGAUUCCAUUAAAACCCUACCUUUAGUGAAGCAAAUCAGCACCAAUGCCACCGAAAUAGCAGAUUUUCAAGCAGAGCACCAUGGCACCAGAGAAAGCGCUAACGCUGUUGGUUUUCAGCAUAAAUUUACUGGGUAUGGGUCUUUCAGAGAAACUUCGUUUGAUUAUCAUAGCAGUGCUAAUGGGUUUUACGGAGAUGGCUCUAGAGAGUUCCAGCAGGGUUCUGAUGGGUUUUACAAAGAAACACAAAAGCCUAGGGAGUUUCAGCAGAACCCUAGCUCUGGUGGGUCUCAUGGGAGAAAUCCUAGCUGGGUUCAGAGCAAUGUAAAUGAGUACUACGGAGAAAAACCCAGUCAUAACUUAGAUGGAUCUUAUAGAGAAUGCCCUGGUGGUGUUUACGGGGAAAACCAUGGACAGAAUCCCAACGGAUUUUAUAGGGAAAACCCUAGAGAAGAAGAAUUUCAGCCGAACCCUGUUGAGCAAAACAAGAACUUCAAUGGCUUUUACAGGAAAGACUUUCAACAGUUGGCAACGAAUCCUACUGGAUUUUAUUCAAAGAGUUCUAAUACACUUCAGCAAGGCCCAAGUGGAUACUACGGACAAAAUAAUUAUCAACAGAAUUUACAUGGGUCUCGCAGGGAAGAUGUUAGAGAAACUCAACAGAAGCCAACCGGGUUUUACCAAGGAAGUCCUUCAACAUAUCAGGGGAGUGGUGGUCCUUCCUACAGAUCAGAUUUUGGAGGCUGUCAGCAGGGUCCAAGUGGGUAUUACAGACAAAGUGUUGGAGAGCACCAGCAGAGCUCAAGUGGAUUUCAAGGAGAAACAACUAAUCUUCAAGGGGUUAAUAGUUUGAAACCUGAAGGUGGGUCAGUUGAAACUGCUGAAAGUAGUCAGUAUAGUGGUACUAUUGAGGAAUUGGAUGAUUUAUGCAGAGAGGGUAAGAUGAAGGGAGCUGUAGAGGUUCUGGGUUUGUUGGAGAAACAACACAUUAAUGUUGACUUGGAAAGGUACUUGCAGUUGAUACAAACAUGUGGAGAGUUUAAAGCUCUUCAAGAAGCAAAAGUUGUUCAUGAGCAUCUCACAAGAUCAUGGGGGCAUGUCAAAGUAAGUAUUAAUAAUAAGAUCCUGGAGAUGUAUUCCAAGUGUGGUUCCAUGUCUAAUGCAUAUGAAUUAUUUGAAAAAAUGCAAGAGCGAAAUUUGACAUCUUGGGACACCAUGAUUUUCUGGCUUGCAAAAAAUGGUCUUGGAGAAGACGCCAUUGAUAUGUUCACUCGGUUCAAGGAAGCAGGAUUGAAGCCAGAUGGUCAAAUGUUUAUUGGAGUCUUCUAUGCUUGUGGUGUCCUAGGUGACAUUGAUGAGGGCAUGUUGCACUUUGAAUCAAUGAGUAAAGAUUAUGGUAUCAUGCCCUCCAUGGACCAUUAUGUGAGUGUGGUGGAAAUGCUGGGAAGUACAGGAUAUCUGGAUGAAGCUAUGGAGUUCAUAGAAAAGAUGCCACUUGAGCCUAGUAUAGAUGUUUGGGAAACCUUGAUGAAUCUUUCUAGGGUUCAUGGGCACAUGGAACUUGGGGAUCAUUGUGCUGAGCUUGUUGGGCAUUUAGAUCCCUCUCGCAUGACAGAUGAAUUGAAGGUAGGCCUUGUGCCAAUAAAACCUUCUGAUCUUGCAGAAGAAAAAGAGAAGAAGAAAUUGUCAGCACAGAACCUCCUAGAGGUUAGGAGUAGGGUCCAUGAGUAUAGGGCAGGAGAUACAUCCCACCCAGAAAAGGAUAAGAUUUAUGCACUGCUGAAAGGAAUGGCCACGCAAAUGAGGGAGUCUGGUUAUAUACCUGAGACUAGGUUCGUGUUGCAUGACAUAGACCAAGAAAGCAAGGAGGAUGCCCUUCUUGCCCACAGUGAGAGACUUGCUGUUGCUUAUGGCCUCAUUAGCAGUGCAGCUCGUUCCCAAAUUCGCAUAAUCAAGAAUCUCCGUGUUUGUGGGGAUUGCCAUAGUGCAUUGAAGAUAAUGUCAAAGCUCGUUGGCAGGGAAUUCAUCAUCCGAGAUGCCAAGCGAUUUCAUCAUUUCAAAGAUGGAUUAUGUUCAUGCCGAGAUUUUUGGUAAACUUGAAAAGAAAAAAAUGAAAAAGAAAAAAUUGAGAAAGAAAUUUAACUGAGUAAUUUAUCAAACCAGAUUGCAGUUUUUCCUU